AGCUGUCCUUUGUCAACAACAAAUUGCCGCUGUUUUUUGUGUUGAAUAUAUGCUAUAUGGUAAUUUAUGGACCUAAUAGGUAUCUAAAGCCAUUUGCACAUAACAAAACAUGUAUUUUAUCAAAGUAAUUGUUGAACUGAAAUACAAUUAAGAGGAAAUAUAUUAAUAGUGAAAUUUGGGGGGGGGGGGCAAGAGAGUGGGGCCCUAAGCAAUAGCUUGUUUAGUUUAUACGUAAAUCUGGUCCUGCUGGUCCUGUUUGAGGUUUUCCUGAGGACAUCUGCGCGGCCUCUAGGAUAACAGUCUGCUGGACUGGAUGGGCCUUUGGCCCAACCCAUCAGACUCUCCUUGUCAAUGUAAUGUUGCAGUGUAUCCUCAGGGCCUAAGAGGAGUGCUCCUGUUUACAGCUGCAACCAGCCCGGAACCCUUAUAGGGGAGAUUUUCUUCUUCUCCCUUAUGCAGCCCUAUUUCCCUUGGUGUGUUGUAGUAUCUCAGAUGUUGGACUACCGUUCCCAAGAUCUCUGACCAUUGGGCAUGCUGGCUGGGGCUGAUGGGAAUUGUAGGUUGGGGACUCAAGGUUGGAAAAGGCUGUGCUAGAGGACUGCCAAUGCAACUGGACAUUUUAUGGCUGUGUGUGGGAAAGGGCACACAGUUCUGGAGAGGAUAUACUGUAACUCCUUUUUCUUAUAGUGCCCCGUUAUAGAAGGGAUGGGUGCGACCCUGGUUCUCCAGAUGUUGCUAGGCUCCAGUUCAGAUGAUGAUCGCAAAAUCUGGGCAAUGGGCAAGAACAAGGCAAAAAGUCAGAAGCCGAUGAAUGUAUUCCAUGUGGCCAACAAGAAAAUUGCAAAGGUUAAAAGGAAAGCAAAGCCCGUGACGACAAAUCUAAAAAAGAUUAAUAUUGUGAACGAUGAAAAGGUUAACAUGGUGAAUAAGGUAUUUACAGAAGUACAGAAAGAAGUUAAACAAUUGUCCAAAGCCAUUUCAUCAGACUCUCCAAAGAGCUGUCAGAUUCCAAAAGCUCUGGAAGGUGAACCAGCCAACGUGGAUGCUGCUGCUGACUUGCUGUCCCAAUUGUAGUACCAAAUAGUAUGAAGCGGAAGGGACAGCUCACAACCAGCUUAUACAAUUUGGAAAAAGCAACUGGAACGCCUCUGAUGGAAUCAAAGAGACAUGAGAUGCGAUGGUCUUCAGGCAACAACAGAGAUGUCGCACAAGUUAUUUAAGAUGAAGACUCCCAUUCAUAUGGUGCACGUAUAGAUCAGGGCAAAGUCAUUUUUCUGAACAGGUGGUCUAAAAUUGUGGGACUCUGAAACAGCAAGUGCACUGAAGUGAAGCAACAAUUUUUAAAUAAGCGUAUCAACCACAGUUAUAAAAUUAAAUUCUUUGUUGGCUUGUUAAUGGAAUGCAACAAGGUUACAAAGAAAGCAGUUGUUGAAUUUGCUUGCUUCAUUCGGAAAAAAGAUUGCGGAAGCAGGGUGGCAUAAUAGCAGGGCUAUGAAGAAUAGUUGGACCGCUGAGAACAUUUUUUUUAUAUUUACAGCUGAAGUGCAAAACCAUUUCAUCUAGAUGCUAAAGAUCAGAAAUAUGUUUGAGAGAAAACUUAAUCAAAAAUGAAGCUUAAUUAUUAUAGGGGAUAGUGGGACAACCUAAAGCUGAUUUGGUGGUGGAAAGCCCCCACAUCCUCCUAAUUCAUGGGCAAAUUCAAAAGGGAAAAACACUAUAUAUGGCAUUUGAGAAAUUUGUGGGGAAAGCUUUGGACCAGGCAUGCUGCUGGUACAGACUCCUUGUACACAAUUUGGCAGAGCAAAGAUUUAUUUUGCAAUGCAGUUCAUACACCACUGGCAAUUAUUAGUGUUGGAAUGUGACCUCAGGCAGAGUCUGCUCAGGCA